CCGAGCCGGGCCAGGGGAAAGGAGGGGACCUGUCACAGGUAGAGGGAGCAGCGGAGCUCCCCAGGUAACCCCGAGAGCACGCAAUCUGGCUUCGGAGCUUUGUCACACAGCUGCGCCGUGCCUACGUCGGCCUCGAGUCUGGGGCUGGAGGAGUUGCCUUUGGAGCCCGAAAGGAGGAAGGAAGCAAAAUAUCAACAACCGUCGAGGCGGCUUGGGCGCUCGGCCGCGUCCCCGCCGCCCGCCGCCGCCACCCCCGCGCGCACCAGGGGGUCCGGACCCUGCGGCGCCGCCCAGGCCGCGUGGACGCGGCGCCUUCGCUGUUCCCUGUCGGAGCUGCGGCUUCGCGCAGCCGAGGAUACCGCGGGCCGGGCCGAGGCUCCCGGCGCUGUGACAACCCCGUUCCCCCGUGGGCUGGAGGCUGUGCAUGGGUUUUCUGCAGACCAUGAACUGAACACUAGUCCCAGACAUUCAUGAGCACAGUGUGAGGCUCCUGACCACCACCCAGCGGCCCCUUCUUCCGGCAGCAAGGACCCCCGGAGAAGAUGGGGAGGAAAAAGAUUCAGAUCCAGCGAAUUACUGAUGAGCGGAACCGCCAGGUGACAUUCACCAAGCGGAAGUUUGGGCUGAUGAAGAAGGCUUACGAGCUGAGUGUGCUAUGUGACUGCGAGAUUGCACUCAUCAUCUUCAACCACUCCAACAAGCUGUUUCAGUACGCCAGCACCGACAUGGACAAAGUGCUGCUCAAGUACACGGAGUACAACGAACCGCAUGAGAGCCGCACCAAUGCUGACAUCAUAGAGGCGCUGCACAAGAAGCACAGGGAGUGUGAGAGCCCUGAGGUGGACGAGGCGUUUGCCCUGACCCCCCAGACGGAGGAGAAGUAUAAAAAGAUAGACGAGGAAUUUGAUAAGAUGAUGCAGAGUUAUAGACUGGCCUCAUCUGUUCCGGCCCCCAACUUUGCCAUGCCUGUCACAGUGCCCGUGUCCAAUCAGAGCUCCAUGCAGUUCAGCAAUCCCAGUGGCUCUCUGGUCACUCCUUCCCUGGUGACAUCAUCCCUCACGGACCCACGGCUCCUGUCCCCCCAGCAGCCAGCACUACAGAGAAACAGUGUUUCUCCAGGCCUGCCCCAGAGGCCUGCUAGUGCAGGAGCCAUGCUGGGCGGAGACCUCAACAGUGCUAACGGAGCCUGCCCCAGUCCCGUUGGGAAUGGCUACGUCAGUGCCCGAGCUUCCCCUGGCCUCCUUCCUGUGGCCAAUGGCAACAGCCUAAACAAAGUCAUCCCUGCCAAGUCUCCACCCCCACCCACCCACAACACCCAGCUUGGAGCCCCCAGCCGCAAGCCUGAUCUGCGGGUCAUCACUUCCCAGGGAGGCAAAGGGUUAAUGCAUCAUUUGACUGAGGACCAUUUAGAUCUGAACAAUGCCCAGCGCCUUGGGGUCUCCCAGUCUACCCACUCGCUUACCACCCCAGUGGUUUCUGUGGCAACACCAAGUUUACUCAGCCAGGGCCUCCCCUUUUCCUCCAUGCCCACUGCCUACAACACAGAUUACCAGCUACCCAGUGCAGAGCUAUCCUCCUUACCAGCCUUCAGCUCACCUGCAGGGCUGGCACUAGGCAAUGUCACCGCCUGGCAACAGCCCCAGCAGCCCCAGCAGCCACAACAACCACAGCCGCCACAGUCACAGCCACAGCCGCCACAGCCACAGCCACAGCAGCCACCUCAGCCACAGUCCCACUUGGUUCCCGUAUCUCUCAGCAACCUCAUCCCAGGCAGCCCCUUGCCCCAUGUGGGUGCUGCUCUCACUGUCACCACCCACCCCCACAUCAGCAUCAAGUCAGAACCAGUGUCCCCAAGCCGUGAACGCAGCCCUGCACCUCCUCCACCAGCUGUGUUCCCAGCGGCCCGCCCUGAGCCUGGUGAAGGUCUCAGCAGCCCAGCUGGAGGAUCCUAUGAGACCGGGGACCGGGAUGAUGGACGGGGGGACUUUGGGCCUACACUAGGCCUGCUGCGCCCAGCCCCAGAGCCUGAGGCUGAUGGCUCAGCUGUGAAGAGGAUGCGGCUGGAUACUUGGACAUUAAAGUGACGGUUCCCACUCCCUCCUCUCAGCCUCCCUGAUGAAGAGUUGACAAUCUCACCGCCCACCCCUCCCUGUCCUGGGCUCCUCCCGCUCGACCCCCCACUUCCUUUCUUCUGCUCCAUGUCCUGUUGAUGGUUACAUUUGUGUAUAAUUAUAUUAUUAUUAUUAUUAUUAUUAUAUUUUUAAAUUCGAAUUCUCGCUUUAGAGAGAGGGAUGCUUUUGCCCCUUUCUUGGCCCCACCAUUUUCACUGGUGGGGGACUCUCUUUAUUGCGGGAAGGGGGGGGACACUUUGCACGUUGUACACAUAUGCUGCAGGAAGGGGGGGGGCAGUAGGCCUUGGAGAAGGACAGGUGCCGAGCCCUGCAUGUGGAGCCUCCCAUCCCAUUCCUAGAUAGAUGUAAAGAACCAAAAACUAUCCAACAACAGAAACCCGGACAGUAGACUGAAACCCCAGAGCUGGCUUGAUGAUGGGUUUGUGUCUCAGGGACAGGAAGAGGCAGACUCUGCUUCUGGGCUGUUCACAGCUAAUUACCCAUCUUGGUCCCUCCAGCUUUCUGCGUACACACCACACUCACUGAUCCUGUGUGCUGCAUCACAAGAUCUGGGUGCUAUGCUAGGCAGGCUGCCUGGGAGUCUGAGGCCAGGGCAGGGGCUUGCGGUAGGAACCUCUCCCCAGGUAACAUUGGAGGGAGACCGCUGUAGAGAGAGGGCUAAUGAGGGCAGUAAGGACUGGGUGUGAUGACCUGGGACCCUACCCCUGGCUUUUUUUAAAAAAUGUACAGUGCAAUAGAUCCCCAUCCCUCGGCCUGUCCCAACCCUAGAAAGCUGGCCAUGUACUGGAAGAGUUGGGAGAGGACCUUCAGUGAACUGGCUCCAGGGUGGUUCCCUGGGGCACUGAGGGCAGGAGGCCUGUCAGGGGCAGGCACGGGGCGGGCACCUCUCUGCUCUGCGCACCCAUACCCAGAAGAGUGCACACUGGGCACACAGCACGGUCUGUGGAGCUAGAGGUCCCUGCAGGUGAGGCCCCUCCCCCAUCCUCCCGGCUGUUGCCCUGACCCACCUCCCAGCUCUUUUUGUGCUCCUUGUCUCGCUACCUCCUGUCCCUCCACCUCCAGGCCACACCCCAAACCUGCCCUCUUGCUACUGUAAUUGUAAAUAGCGACCUUCCAAAAUGUUAGUGGUUAACAGUCCAGGAAACUGUUGUGUUUGUUGUUGUUGUAUUGAUAUGAAAUGAGAUUCUAUUUUUGUCAAAGUAUAUUGUAAUAAUAAUGACUCAAAUGGCCCGUACUGUA